CAUAUAUAAAGGAAGGAAUACUUCAAAUAUCAUUGCCAAAUCUACAUCUUCUGCAUUUUUUAGCUUGAAAAAAAAAAUGAGCACCAAACCUGAUAUGAUUCAAAAGUGUUUGUGGCUUGAGUUCCUUGUGGGUCUGUUCAUUGCUGGCACUCUGUCUCUGGACUGUAACUUACUGAAUGUUCACCUGAGAAGAGUCACCUGGCGAAACCUGAGACUUCUCAGUAUGAGUAACUCAUUUCCUAUAGAAUGUCUACGAGAAAACGUAGCUUUUGAGUUGCCCCAAGAGUUCCUACAAUAUACCCAGCCUAUGAAGAGGGACAUGAGGAAGGCCUUCCACGAAAUGUCCCUACAGGCCUUCAACAUCUUCAGCCAACACACCUUCAAAUCCACUUGGAAAGAGAAACACCUCAAACAAAUCCAAAUAGGACUUGAUCAGCAAGCAGAGUAUCUGAACCAAUGCUUGGAGGAAGGAGAGAAUGAAAAUGAAAUCAUGAAAGAAAUGAAAGUGGAUGAGAUGAAACCCUCAGAAGCCAGGGUCCCCCACCCGAGCAACCUGGAACUGAGGAGAUAUUUCAACAGGAUAGACAAUUUCCUGAAAGAAAAGAAAUACAGUGACUGUGCCUGGGAGAUUGUCCGAGUGGAAAUCAGAAGGUGUUUGUACUACUUUUACAAAUUCGCAGCUCUACUCAGGAGUAAAUAAG